UUGUAUAUAACCCUCGCUUCCUAUUACUCUAAUUAUAAUUUUGCAGUCGCCGACUACGCAAAAGAGGCAAAGAAAUUUUCCAUCUACCGACCGGGCGUGCAUGCAGGGCAAUUUUUUUUUUCUUUUGUAACUCCGUACAGACUGAAGGCCAUUGAAGCCUAAUGGCAUAUGAUAUCAUUACAUAUAUAAAUAUAAAUAUAAAUAGAAUAGCCAAAAAGUAUCGGUUGAUCUUAGAUUGGAUCUGAAAUGUCGUUAUCAUCUGAAUUGGCAGCAGCCAUAGAAGAAAAUGACUUAAAACUUCCGAGACCUUCUCCUCAAUCUAAUUCUGGAGUUAUUGAAGAUAUUUCAAUUAGUCAAAGAAUGUUAAGUGCAUGCCUGGGUUCAUUUAUUACGUCAUUAGUAGUUACUCCAUUUGAUGUCAUAAGGAUUCGUAUACAGCAGCAAGAGAUUCUUGCGGUUGCAAGACCAUGUUGUGAUCCUGUGGACUCCGGAAGUGUAUCUCCAGUGUCUAAAACAUCUCCAUCAUCAUCAUUAAAAUCUCAUCCAUUAACAAAUGCAACUGCAACAGCAACUAUAGAUAGCUCAGCUCCGGAAUUAUUCUGGUUAAAUCAAAACUACUGUAGAUCAGCUGAAAACUGUUCUAAGAUCACCUCCACAUUUCAAGGAUUUAGUUCUGUUGCAAGAAAUGAAGGUUUGGCUACUUUAUGGAGAGGACUUUCUAUAACAUUACUUAUGACUGUUCCAUCGAAUAUUGUCUAUUUUACAGGAUAUGAAUAUUUACGUGAUAAUUUACCUACAUCUAAACAUCCUUUAAAUCCUUUAUUAUGUGGAUCAUUAGCCAGAAUUUUAUCUACUACAUGUGUAGCACCUUUUGAAUUAAUAAAGACAAGACUACAAUCAAUACCUUCAGAUCUGACAAGAUCUCCUAAAAUAUUAUCUAAUUUAUUAAAAGAUCUGUUCAAUCUUGUAAGACAAAAGGGAGUUGGAACACUCUUCACUGGUUUACAAAUUACUUUAUGGAGGGAUGCUCCAUUUUCAGGUAUUUAUUGGUCAUGUUACGAAUUAUUAAAAUCUUCAAUAGGUAAAGCUUUAAAGGCAGAUUUUGAUCGUCCAUCUGGUGGUCAAGAUGAUUGGAAAGUAUUCACUACUAGUUUCUUAUCUGGAUCUAUUUCAGGUACUAUCGCUGCAUUUUUUACAAACCCAUUUGAUGUGGGUAAGACUAGAUUACAGAUUACGAGUCAACAUAAAAUUAAAAGGGGAAACAAAUAUAAAUAUCCUUCUAUGUUUUCCUUUUUAAUUCAAAUAUAUAAGAAAGAAGGAAUUGGGGCUUUAUAUGCUGGGUUCGUUCCAAGAGUAAUGAAAAUUGCUCCUGCUUGUGCCAUUAUGAUUUCUUCAUAUGAAGUUGGUAAGAAAAUAUUCAAAAACGGUAAUAACAGAGAUCUUGUAUAGAGAAAGGGGAUUAAUUAUCUCGUUAUAUUAAUUGGAGGUAUAUAUAUUUAUAUACUUUAUAGAUGAAUCAUGUACAUAGUUUACAAAUAAAUGAUAUCACCCA